GCUAGCAGAAAUCAAGCAUGAGAUGUUUUUGAAUUGAAAUCGUGAGAUCAACCAAAAGGAGAACAACAUUCGAGCAACGUUUCUUUCGCCGGGGGCAACACAUUUCCCCAUUAUUUCUAAACAUGGUGGUGACAUGAAGCGGCUGCCGUAAACACCCCCUUUGGGCUGAGACUGAAGACGACCAGCCCGGCUGGUCUCAACAUCGAUUCCAGUCGUCCGGGUCCUCGGCUAGCAGCUAACGGACUGGCUCCAGCUCCGCUGGAAAACAACCCUCAUCUCUGGCUGGUAGGCGUGAUUAACACGCAAAGGAGCAGUUCCCCCUGAGGUUUCUAUCUGAUGGAUCAGUGGUUGUCAGUCUUUGUGAAGAAGCACCAUGUUUCCUUGCCACGUUACCCCUUGGCCCUCUGCUGAGCCCCCUCCGUCCUGUGGCAGUCAUGCGGCCCCGGUGCAGCCCUCUCAACCCCUGCCUGAUCUACUGUGCAGCUGUCCUGCUCCACCUUUAAACACCCACUUAGAAACACCCUCCCCAGACCCCAUGGAGUCCCUGAUUGUGGUCACAGAGUAUGAAGCCAGUAAACCACCUGGAGAAGUGGAGGAGGUAGAGGAAAUGGACAGCUCUGAGACGCCGGUGCCAGCUUCCUCCAAGGCAGCCCCUUUCCGGACUCCAUCCUGUGACCUGCUGUCCCACACAGUUAGUCGGCCAGAGGCUCUGCUGCCCACAGGCCAAGAGCAAAGAGGCCGAUUAAGCCUGUCAGACCGCAAACUCUCUCUGCAGGAGCGCUCACAAACGGCAACGUCUCCCUGCAGCUCCCCAGGACUCAAUGGGCGAUACAUAUACCCGUCAUUACCGUACUCCCCCAUCACAUCACCCCACUCCUCUCCACGGCUGCCCCGUCGGCCCACUGUGGAGUCCCACAUCGUUUCCAUCACAGAUCUCCAGGACUGCGUUCAACUCAACCAGUACAAACUGAAAGAUGAGAUUGGAAAGGGCUCCUAUGGUGUUGUCAAGCUGGCUUACAACGAGGAUGACAACACAUACUAUGCGAUGAAAGUGCUGUCCAAGAAGAGGCUGAUGAGGCAAGCAGGUUUCCCACGGAGGCCGCCUCCUCGUGGAGCCAGAGCUCUCCCUGAAGGCCCUGCUCAGCCAAAGGGGCCACUGGAGCGAGUAUAUCAAGAGAUUGCCAUUCUCAAAAAACUGGACCAUCCUAAUGUUGUCAAAUUAGUUGAGGUUUUGGAUGACCCCAGCGAGGACCAUCUGUACAUGGUGUUUGAGCUGGUAAAGCAAGGGGCUGUGAUGGAGGUGCCAACAGAUAAACCAUUCAGAGAGGACCAAGCACGUUUUUACUUCCAGGAUCUGCUCAGGGGAAUCGAGUAUUUGCAUUACCAGAGGAUCAUCCACAGAGACAUUAAACCUUCUAACCUGUUGAUGGGAGAAGAUGGACACAUCAAAAUAGCAGACUUUGGAGUUAGUAACCAGUUUGAAGGGACUGACGCUCUCCUGACCAGCACAGUGGGAACGCCUGCUUUCCUGGCUCCUGAAGCGCUCUCGGAGACCAUAAAGAAUUUCUCUGGGAAGGCUUUGGAUGUUUGGGCCAUGGGAGUGACGCUGUAUUGCUUCGUCUUUGGGAUGUGUCCGUUUAUGGACGAGCGUAUAAUCAGUCUUCACCAAAAAAUCAAGACGCAACCGGUAGUGAUACCAGAACAUGCCGACAUAUCAGAUGAUCUCAAGGACUUGUUGUUGAAAAUGCUGGACAAAAAUCCAGAGACCAGGAUAUCAGUGCCACAGAUACGGGUGCACCCAUGGGUGACGCGGCACGGUGCUGAGCCUCUUCCCCCUGAGGAUGACAACUGUUGUAUGCUCAUUGAAGUCACAGAGGAGGAAGUGGAGAACUCUGUUAAACACAUUCCAAGUCUGGCAACAGUGAUCCUCGUGAGAACUAUGUUGAGGAAGCGCUCUUUUGGAAAUCCCUUUGAUUUGGGUCGGAAAGAAGACCGCAGUAGUUUGUGCGCCGCAGGGCAAACACUCACGAAAAGCAAAGCAGGCAAUGUGAGAUACUACUACAUUCAUUGUAGCCAAAAAAGGAAACAGGAAAGUGGAGAUGGGCUGAGAAGCAUGGGCCUGCCCUACGUGGGAGAGGAUGAGGCUCUUUCCUGAUGAAGAUGCUUUAAUUAUGCAUGCUGGUAUAUUCCUACGUGCAACCAAAUCACACGACACCCCUUUACUCUCAAACUGGUAGCUGCACGCGGGAGGUUUACUUAAGGAGGUCGAAAAAUGUGGCGAAAGUUAAUCUGAGGCACUUUGUCAACCAUUUCUUAACUUUUAUUCUCUUUAUUCCUCUGAAACACAUUAGCUUGGAGUUGUGGGACUUGUGACUCUAACUUGUUGACCUUUUAGGAGUUGAUCUCCACAAACCUUGACAUUUCACCCCAUUUUGCCAACUCGACUGUCCCCCUUUUUCCUAUCCUGCAUGCAUUUAUAGUCCCAGCAUGCUUCGUCUCAGGCUUCAACUGUACAGUUUUGGGUUUUAUGAUUGUUUAACCUGUCGUGUUUCUGCUUUCUGUACUUGAGGAUACCUUCAGGUGAAACGUAAAGUAGGUGGUAAUGGUCGUUUUCACCAUUGGCACUCUCUUAAGUGGAGGAUAUUCUGGUUCAAUCUGCUCUCAGAGCAGUUUUGUAAGAUACUUCAGAGUGAUUUAUCUGUACAGUUUAGCUAAAAUGAAAAGGGAAGAAAAAAAACAUGUUUACUUAAUUGAAUGCAUGUGUUCAUUUUGUCCGUGCAAUCACUGUAUAAGCUAUUUAUAAAGUUUCACAUACUUAUAGACAUCACAGUUUAACACUUUUUUUAUACAAGUUUUCCAGCUAUCACAUCCAAUAGAAAGCUUUAAAAUAAUUGAUAGAGUGUUUUGUGAACUAUUACUGCAGAUAAAUGAAAUAGAACAAAAGGGAUUUUCUUCUCUAGUAAAAUUAAUGCAUUUAGUGAAUAUUUUUUAAGUGAACAGUUAUGAUUUUUAGGUGUUUGGUAUCACUUUUGAAAUCCACUGAGCUGAAACAAAUUGAAUGAUAAAUUAUGAUUUAUCUAACGCACAUUAGACAUAUUGGGGCAAAAUUACUCCUUGUGGAAGCUAUAAAUCCGUCCUUUUAGAUAAACAAUAUCAUGUUGUACUGAGGGCCAGAGUUUCACAUUUUUCAGCUGUAUUGUGCAUUUCUCUUACUUUUAAAGUAAACAUUUAUUCAGAGGCUGAAAAAUAAUUUACCACUUUAGAAAAUCAAAGUAAAAUUGUGAACAUUUGUAUUUGAUUUGUUUAUUUUCUCCUUUAAGGGUUACUUGCAUUGAUUUGAAAUUGCACAAUUCAGGACACUCAAAAGAAAAAGGGAAAAACAAUUGUGUAAUUGUAAUGUUAGUAAAAAGCAAAAACAAAACAAGAAGUUGAUAUUGAGUCUUUGGAGCUGCUUUUGACGUGUGCUUAAGAGGGAAGUAAAUGCAGACAAAUGCAGACAAAUCUAUGCAUGAUAUAUCCGUUGACGUAUUGACCGGAAUAAUCCGUUCAUUUUUUAUUAGUUGAUAUGUUUUAUUUCAAAUCUGAUGGCAACUAAUUAGAAAUGUUUCCUCACUUGUGUUCCUUUUAUUUACCCUUCAUUUGCUUUUUUUUAAACCAGGUGUAUGGAUAAAAUAACUGAAUGUGUCUCUAGUAAGCAUAGAUUAUUGGUACAAUAUUGAUUAGAACUCCAAUGCUUCCACACGUUUUUUAGUUCAGCAUCUCGGUGUUGAAUGUAUGAGAAAGGGACUGGAUGUUUUUUGUACUCACCUCUGUACUUGCAUGUCGCUCUGAACUGUACUUGCUGUUUUUAAGACUUGUACUAUGCACAUGACGUGUCUUUAUGGUGCACACCCUGUCAGAUUGUUACGGUGAACGCACUCAGCGGCUAUACGUAGAGUGCUUUAUGUGCUUAAAUUAUGACAACUGAUUUUAUUUGAUUGUUUUUCUCAUCACUGGUCUACACUUCAGAACACAUCACAGAUAACAUUCUGCUUUUACAUUUCCAAAACUGGACACUGGAGAAGUUAAACAGCAGGGACGAUUCAGUUAUAGCAAGGAUUUGUUUUGUACUGUGAAAUGUUUCCACACAUUUAAUGAAUGAUAGAGAUCAGCUUCUGGUGUACUGAAAACUACUGUUGUUGGCAAAGAAACAGAUGCAUUUUGAUUUGGUGUGAAUCUAUAAAACUCAGUGAAAUAUGAACUUGAGGAUAAUUUGAUUGUGAGCAUAAACUGACAGUGGAAGCUAUUCAAAAUGUGUAAUUGACAUUUUAUACUUGCAAUAUUUAAAGUUGUUUCAAUACACCUGCCUGUUAUUGUGAGAGGGGCCAGGAUGAGUCAGGACCUGAACAGGGUCACACGUUUUUGCAUUCUGUAGUGAAGUUAAUUAUAUUGAGCUUUAGGGGCUCUUUCUAUGUAAAUGCAUGCAAGCAUACUGAACACAUCCCACUGUACUGUCACUGCAUGAGAGGCCCGUCACAACCAAAUGGGACUUUGACAUUUGUUAUUCUACACAUGAUGUACCUUGUUCUUCAUUUAAAUAAAAUACUAUUGCCUU